AUGGGUCGCAGCGACGUCAAGAAGCGCCUCUAUCUGAGCAACCCCGAGGUCGACGUCAUCAUCAGACGCUCCCACCGCCAUCGCCACCACCACUCCUCCCACACGCACAGAUCGCGAACGCCAUCCCCUCCUCCCGCGGAAUACAUCUCCGUGCCUCGUCCCGUCAUCCAGCUCCCUCCUCCGCCUCUUCCUCUUCUGCCGCCGCCUCCUCCUUCCACGCUGCCACCCGCGCCGCUGCCGCCUCCGCCCGUGUUUGAGCUCCCGCCCUUGCGCCGCCCGUCGCCGCAGCCGGAAUUCAUCGAGGUCAUCGCCGUCAGCGAGGACGAGAAGCAGGAGAAGAAGAAAAAGAAGAAGAAGAAGAAGAAGGUCAAGAGCCGAUCUUCCAGCUCCAGCUCCAGCUCCAGCUCCUCCAGCCGGUCUCGCAGCCGCAGCCACCACCGCCACCGCGACGAUGAGCUGGAUCGCUACCACCACGACUACGACCGGGAUGUCGAGGAGACCCGCGAUAGAGAAGUCUACGUCGAGAGGGAGCGAUACAUCCCCUACCCCGUGCCGGUUCCCGUCCCCACGGAUCCUUACAAGACGUACCGUUACGUCGACGCUCCGCGCAGCCGCAGUCCCAGACGACGUGCGCCAUCUCUGUCUCCUUCGCCGCCACCUCAGCGCUAUGCCGACGAGGAGAGGGAGCACGACUAUAUUCGUAUAAGGGAUCGCGAGUAUCGUUACGAUUAG